AUGGCCCCUGGCCUGAUGAGCCUGGAAGAGGAGAGCCACAUCCUGGUCCUGUUCAACCUGCACCGGGCUACCGAGUACGAGUUGCAGUUGCACCCCGGCCACAAUCCCGCAAAUCCCCUGCGCGGUGUAUUCGCCACCCGUAGUCAGUACCGUCCCAAUGCCAUUGCGGCGACGGUAGCCGAAAUAGUAUCGGUGGAGGAUAAUGUUAUUAACGUAACCGGACUGGACGCGCAGGACGGUUCGCCGGUGCUGGACAUUAAGCCUCACCGCGCGACGUUUGACGGAGCGGCAGGGUAA